CCUUCGAUAUUUCUGUCAUGAAAAAGUGUAGUUAAACUGACAGCAACGUGAAAGUUGAAGAUUUGAGAUCAAAUGUUCGAUGAUGUACAAUGAAAAGGCUAAAGGAGGGAUUCAUCGAGAACAAUGAGGAGUUAAUACAUUGUUUAGCUAUAACGGUGUGCGGUACAUUCAUAUACGGAAAACAUUUUAUUCUUUAACUUGGCGAUCUAAAUUCAGUUGCAGUUAGUAGAAACCGGUUUGAUAUCUGAAAAAAGUCAAUUCUCUUUGACGAGGUCAAUUUUCUAAGGAACGAACGCACCAUGGUUUGAAGUAUACAUAUAUGUAACUGGAAAUGAACAGAAUUCACUGUUCGAUAUGUUAUCCAUGAAGAACAUAGUAGGUACGAAACGUGUAGGUGAAACUUGUUUCGGCCGAAGAGCAGUUUCAAACACUAUACUAAUUGCUCGAUCGAACGAAUUAUUGCGACACAUUUGAACUAGAAUUUAAGCAAGAAAAAUAUCAAAACCUUCGUUAACAUGUAUACUUUGAUGAAUUGUGACAAAAAUAAUGUUCGGAUCAAGUCUAUGAACGUGAAAUGUGCCAAGUAUACACAUGCAAGUAUACAAGUAUAGCUAUACCAAAAACUAUACACUUCGUUGACGAGAAAAGGAAAAGUUACAGUAUGAAGAACAAGGAGAGGCAAAGAAAGUGAAUGACGGCCGAAUCUUGGAGGGAUCUCGUCGAUCGCAUCAAUCGAAAGGAAUCACUCCUCGAUUUCCGUCAAGUGAAAACAAUGACCUUCGAUAGGCGUCUCUGCAAGAAAGAAAGUCCACGCGAUCUGUUUCCAUACGAUUUCAAUAAAUUACAUGCUAAGCAGCGCGUUGAAUUCAAGGGGGAGAAGCGAUUCACGCUGCCGAGGAGUCAAGAAAUCGAAGAAAAGAGAUCGAAAGUUUCUCAGUGGGCGUGAAUUUUGAUUUUGUUCUCCCUCCUCUUCGGUUCAGCCAGGUGCUUACCGAUUGAUUGACGUACAAUUCAACGAUCAUGUCAAAAUCACUGGCUCCAUUUACAAAAUCCAUAUAAUUAUAUAACGUUAACUUUUUAGAACCGUUAAGUUAAAAAUUGGUAUCUUAGAAUGUAAUGUACCCGAGAAAUUAAACUGAGAAAAUAAUUGAAAAGCGAAUAAGUGCAUAAGAAGAAAGGAAAGAAUACAAGAACUUUUUAUGGAUGUAAUCAAGAUAUGGAUUCUGCGUGAAAGGCAAUUAAAUUAAGUACGAAUAAACCAACCUACUUUCGACAUUUCAGUAACACAGUGCGCAGCUUACGAUUUAGGUGAAAAGCAAUUAAAGUGUGUAUUUGUAUGUCAUGCAUACGAAAAGAUACAAAGAUGCACGCAAAUAGGCCAGUGAUACGCAAAAAAGCAACUUUAGCUCAUCAUUAUUUAUCGCAAGUUCUUGUCUCAAAUUCUUAUACCAUUUGCUACUUUUAGAUUUUUAAAUGACAAUAGAAACUUAAUAAAUGAAUAUAGAAUAGCCUGUCGAUGUGCUCCAACAGUUUAUAAAAUCAUAAUAAACAGUUCAUUAAUGCAUAUAAAGAUUAAAGUCACGUUUAUUGAAUGCAAAUAAAGUUUUAGCAACGGCGUAAAAUUUGAGUCAUCGAAAUACGGCGACCUACUAUCGGAAGAAAAUUUUCAUGUGGUGCGUGGUAGAAAGCCACUUCACCUGAUUUCGUUGGGACCCCAUUGCUAUUGAAAAUACUUUGCGGAAACGACCGGAUGUGAAUUCUCGUGUCUAUAAAAAUAAGAAGUAUUAAAAGGCCGUAGCUAUCGGUGACGUAAGAAUUGCAUCCAACCGUGCAAUCAACCGCUUUUUCUUCAGGUGCUUCGUUAAAAUCUCAUUAACCAUGAAAACACAUCCAUUGGUAUACAAAUAUUGCCAAUAAUUAUGUUCACCUUUAUCUAUUCUUUCUUAAUUCCAAUAGCUUUCGACAUUCGUGUGAAAAAAACGUAAGGAAUUUCACUUAAGAAUUUCUGAUUUGACGCAGCUCUGUUUCACUUUCUUGAAUUGCCAGAUAGGUAUCGUGCUUUAACUGCAAUCGAUUACAUAUCAUAGUACAAUACCUGCUUCGUUACGUAUAUACAUAUAAAUUCCACGUUUAAUGUAAUUAGCUUUCUAUUAUUUCCGAUUCGAUUUUUACGAUCUAUAUCCUAUAUAUCAUGUAAUACAAUUUGACAUAGUAGAGCACGUUUGUAAAGCUUUUCGAUGAUGAAACAUGAUCCAAAAUUCUACUUCGUAUCCUACUUCAUUAAUUAAGAUCUCUAUAUGUCUCAUCCAUUUUAUAAGAUUCAUUUUGGGAAUGCGUGGGCGAAAGGAACGAAUGGAUAAAAGAAACUAUUUAGCGUUCCGCGAAUAAAGCCACGCGAAACAACUUAUUAAUGCUUGAAAUGAAAAUGGAAAGUCAGAGAGAAAAGAUUUCAGCUUCAAAGUAAGCCAAAGAAAUUAUUUUACCGUUCGCAGCACAUGAAAACUUUUUCACUGUAAACAUCCACGCCUUCUUCUAUUAAUCACAAUUUCAGAAGACUACGUUUAAUUUAGUUCCAAAUCAUCUAAAUCCAAGGUAAAUUGCAUUUGCCUAUAAAUGUCCCAUGCUGAACAUUACACUUAAUUAAAUCAUUAGGACUGCUUCACUGCAUCAUCCGAUAUAAUCCGAUAAAAUAAAAUUAGAAUAAUUCACAGUUAUACUUUUAUACCAUUACAUCAAAUUCAUCUUGCUCAUUGUAUUGAUAUGACAUUGAUCAUUUUUCGCUGUUUAAGAUCACCGUUUGUGGGCCAAAAAUUUUGGAGAACACAUCGAUUUACAAUGUACAUCGACCAAUGUCUCCCACUACCCCAAAGCGAACCCAGAUAUUACUUGGUGGAGGUAACUUUCAGCGAGACACGCUAUAUAAGAGAAUGAAGAACCGGCCGGCCAAGAUAAAGCUCGUGUGUUGUCAAUCGUGCUGUUACUCCUCUACCUCCGUCGUUGACAGAAUGUAUUGGCUGUGUCUAGCGGCAUUAGCUGCAACUGCAGCAGCGCAGGGAUCUUACGAUCUAGAACCAAGAGUGCCUUAUCCCGGCAAAUCAUCCAGUUUAGGGCCACUCUAUUCGUCUGGCCUUAGUGCUGGUCAAGGUUUCCGCGAUAACAGCUACGAGGAUAACAUUGUAACACCUACUCCUUCUCCGACGCCUGCUUUCAGAAAUCCCAGCAGUCAACCACCUCUAUACCGUAAACCAUCGGGCCCACCUCUCGAUCAGGCAGCUAUCAGAGUGAGUGGACCACCACGUAGUGGUAUUCUUCGUGGUGGACAACCACAAAAUGCUCGGGAAGCUGAAGAAUUGGAAGAGAAAGAAGAGCCCGAUCGUUUGACUCUUCUUUUACCACAAAGUAAAUUCGAUUGUGUGAACAAGCAAACGGGCUAUUAUGCCGAUGAAGAUCUUAAUUGCGAAGUCUUCCACUAUUGUCAAGACAACGCGAAACACUCUUGGAUCUGCCCCGAAGGAUUUACAUUCCAUCAGGUUCAUCUAAUUUGCAUGCCUCCGAGUGGAGACAUCAAUUGCAAAAAGAGUUCGCAGUACCAUUUCGUCAACGAGUACCUUUACAAACCAUUGAACUUGGCUGAAGCUGAGAACAAACCUAACGUAACCUUGAGAUACAGCGAAAGAUACUUCCCGACAGACAUUCACCCGGACGAGCGCGAGGCUGGUGACUAUCAGAUUACUCCUUCUGCACCUAUUCGCCGCCCUACUCCACCUGUGUAUGCGAGUCCCCAACCUACGUUGAACAGUAUUCCACCGUCAGCACGUCCACAACCAACGGGUCUUCCUCAAUUUCGUUUACCCGUGAACCAAGUUUUCCGCAGUCCCGAGGAAGUGAACAUUCCUCUUCAACAUAGACGCCCGCAACCUCAACACCAGCCUGUGAGAAGAUUCCCUCAAGUACGACCCGAUGACGAAGAGUACGAAUAAAUUCAAUCGGCAUUCCUUUGAUAAUUAUCAUCCAUCGUCGCAAUCAUCGUCACAUUUCUGUCGUUAAUUAUAUCACAUCUGGUGUCAUCAUACAUCUUUCGUUGAAAUUACAAAGAAAAGAUAAAAGCACACUCUGGAGUAAUUAUUAUAUUUAUUCGAAUAAAGUAUAGUUAUAGUUCUAUGAAUUAAUUGUAUAAUAUAUAAAUCGUUUCUAGCAUUUCGUACUCUUACUCUGUAGAAAUCUGACAAUUAUUUUUAGAUUGAGAACGAUUGAUAACCGGAUUUAUAAUUGGUAUACUGAAUUAGAUAUGAAAUUAUAUUUAUGGAUAUUGCAAACAUGCUAAUAUAUGUAUAUUCAACAUUAGUUUAACAGUGAUAACCAAUAAAUUGUUAUUACGUUAUCUUUAAUAACACUUGUUACUUUAGAAUGCUGCUAUUAUGAAUAUUUUUGAAAUGCGUGCUGAGAAUCCCAAAAACAAGAAAGCAAAAUUUAUAUAAGACGCGCUUAAGGUUAUGUGCGCGGAGAAAUAUCUGUUUAAACGAGUUAUGUAUGGUAUAAAAUAUAUAGAAAAAUUAAGUCAUGCAUAUGUAUCAGA